AUGCCGGGAAAAAACCAGAAAGAAAAUAUCACUCUCGGUGAUGGAUUUAUUCUUUUAGGACUAGUGACAGAGCCGUUUUUGCAGAAGUUUCUUUUCGUACUGUUUGGAACCACUUACAUAAUAACAAUCGCUGGCAAUGUUGUGAUUAUUAUCGUGACCCGUUUGGACAUUCGUCUUAAAUCACCCAUGUAUUUCUUUCUGGUAAACCUAGCACUGAUAGAAAUGUUGUAUACUACAUCUAUUAUUCCAAAUACUCUAAAGAAUUUGAUUGAUGAAGAAAAAUACAUCUCAUACGCUGGCUGUUUUAUUCAGAUGUUUACUUACAUUGCCAUGGGUGGUUCUGAGUGCACUCUGCUUAGCACAAUGGCAUAUGACAGAUAUGUAGCAAUAUGCCACCCUCUGCUAUAUACCACUAUCAUGAGCCAAUCCUUAUGCUUUUAUAUGACACUGGCCUGCUGGACAAUUGGAUUUCUGAACUCUUUAAUACACACUGUGCUCACAUCCAUGUUGCCUUUUUGUCACCAACGCCUUCUUAACCACUACUUUUGUGAAGUUCCUCCCCUUCUAAAGAUUUCAUGCAAGGAUACUUACAUAAAUGAACUGGUUGUGUUCUUUAUUGGUGGAUUUGUGAUUGUGGGAUCUCUAGCACUGACUCUGAUUUCCUACAUAUUUGUUAUUGCUGAAGUCCUUAAGAUUCCUGGUCUGUCGGGUAAAUGGAAAACAUUCUCUACUUGCAGUUCACAUUUAACAGUUGUGAGCAUUUUCUUCGGAACUGUGAUUUUCACUUACUUGCGCCCCACUACACACUCAUCCAUUGAUCAUGACCACGUGAUAUCAUUGGUGUAUGGAGUAGUGACACCUCUGAUUAAUCCCAUUAUAUAUACUUUUCGGAAUAAAGAAUUCCAAAGAGCAUUUCGCAUGAUACUGCAAACCAGACAUUGUUUGUUUGACCAUAUCAAACCAAACAGUAAAACUGAGAUUUAA